AGCCGAGCCUUAAUCUCCACAUCUUCAUCGUAACCCCAUUGAGGAAGUGGGUGAAAACCUGAUGUAUAUAUAAAGGCUUCUAGGUUCCUCCGUAUACGAUCAUCCCCUCUACUCGUGACUUCGCAGUCUCAUCACGCUCCAGAGCCAGGCAGCGGAAGUGACUAUGUCUACACUGCUGAAUCUUGUAUUCCUCUUCCUGGGUGCAUCCUUCACAUUGUACUACCUACGAAAACGCAAUGACGAUCAGAAGAGUCUUCCCUAUCCUCCAGGCCCAUCGCCACUGCCUGUCUUGGGUAAUUUAUUUGACAUGCCUCAGGAAAUGCCUUGGCUCUCGUUUUCUUCCAUGGCUGAAAAGUUUGGUGACGUAGUGCAUUUGAGGGCACUGAAUCAACAUAUCAUAAUAGUCUCAUCCCUAGAAGCUGCUUCCGAGCUGUUCGACAAAAGAGGUGCCACGUAUUCUGACAGAUACCAGAGCGUCAUGGUGAUUGACCUGAUGGGAAUGUAUUGGUCAUUUGGCAAUCUGAAUUAUGGCGACUUGUGGCGCAGGACCCGAAAAGUCUUCCAUCAGUAUUUGGGUGCUAAUGCGGUCCAUGAAUUUGAAGAAACCCAGUUCGAACAUAUUCGUGAAUUCCUGGUCCGGCUUCGCGACACCCCAGAUAAGUGUUUUGACCACAUGCGCUUUGUCUUUGCUGCCAUCCUGAUGGAUGUAACCCACGGGAUACACAUCAAAGAUGUGACGAACAAACACGUCGUAGAAGCGGAAGAAUGGCUAGCAGGAUACAAUGAAGCUGUGAUACCAGGCCGUUUCUGGGUAGAUUUCCUCCCUUUCUUGAAAUACGUCCCCGACUGGUUCCCCGGUGCUAAUUUCAAGAAAUUGGCCGCUAGAUGGGGACAGAACAGUCGCAACGCUCGAGACGGUCCAUUUUACGAGACUAAAGCUGCAUAUAUUGCCGGAACUGCAAAACCCUGUGUCGUCACUCACGUGCUAGAAGAUAUUGCGGACCUUCCGGAAGGAAACGAGGAAGAACAGACGGCAAGGUGGAGUUUAGGCACCGCCUUUGGUGCCGGUGUUGAUACCAGUGCCCCUACUCUGCAAAUAUUCUGCUUUCUUAUGAUUAAUCAUCCGGAAGCUCAGAGACGAGCCCAAGCGGAACUCGAUGCUGUCGUUGGACCUGAUAGGCUUCCUACGCUCGCAGACAGAAAACGCCUUCCUUACGUUGAAGCGCUGCUAAAGGAAUUGUUGCGUUGGUAUCCUGUCACCCCACUUGGUUUACCCCAUUACACAGCAGCCAGUGAUGAGUAUCGAGGAUAUCAUAUCCCUAAGGACUCUAUCGUGAUAGGCAACACUUGGCACAUCUUGCAUGAUCCAGCGCAAUACCCCCAUCCUUAUAUGUUCAAACCAGAGAGGUAUCUCAACCCAGAUGGUACUUUGAAUGCAGAUAUGCCUGAUCCGAGCGUCGCAUGCUUCGGCUUUGGACGAAGACUCUGUCCCGGAAGAUUCCUCAGUCUGAACGCGUUGUUCGGCACUAUAUCCUGCCUACUUCAUACCUUCAAUAUCACACCUGCCCUAGAUGAAAAUAAUAAACCCAUCGAAGUCGAACUUCGUAUGCAACCUGGUCUAAUAUGUCAUCCCGAACACUUCCCAUGUUCCAUUCGAGUUCGCUCUCCUUCCGCUGAAGCAUUACUCACUAGUUGAAAGUGCAACGAGUUACGCAUACUAUCGUAUUACUGUAAAGACAGAGAUCUUAUGCCACACGAACUAG